AUGGCUGAGAUUGAAGACUUUCGCCCAACAACUCCUGGUCAUAGCCCUGGUGCAGGACAUGACAACCCACCACCUACAAGGUUCACUCUAAAUCGUUAUAAAAUGGCUGAGAUUGAAGACUUUCGCCCAACAACUCCUGGUCAUAGCCCUGGUGCAGGACAUGACAACCCACCACCUACAAGGUUCACUCUAAAUCGUUAUAAAAUGGCUGAGAUUGAAGCCUUUCGCCCAACAACUCCUGGUCAUAGCCCUGGUGUAGGACAUGACAACCCACCACCUGCAACACGAUUGUAA